AUGUCCCUCCUCAACAAAGAACGGCAGCAAUCCCCCACACCAUCAAAACCGCAAACGCCGCAUAUUCGAGUGCCUGAGCCAUCGCCAUUCCAAGCAUCGAUACCCUCGUCUGCGUCAAAUCAGCUUGACGCAGAAGGACCUUAUUUCGUUCUUGGCCAAGACCUCACCUUCGAAGAAGCAGAUCAGUCACUCCAAUAUUAUCAAACCGAGAUGCUCCCACAAUUCCCCUUUGUUCCUCUACCGGUCUGCCGAACUUCCGAACUGUAUCAUGCGAGCCCUCUUCUCCUGAAAACUAUUCUCAGAGCAUGCCGACCUCUUGGCCCCGAGAGAGAUGCAAUAUUCGAGCGCUGGUUUCGUCAACAUGUCGUUUACCGAAUUGCAGUACUCAUGGAAAAGAGCACAGAGCUCCUACAAGCGAUUCUUGUUUUCGCCGCUUGGAACCCCGUGGGCUUUUAUGUUGGCGGCGGCGAAACAAGCCUUUUGCAGUUGGCUAUCGGAAUUGUCGGAGAGCUGGGUCUGACAAAAAGACCUGAUGCCUAUGGCCACAAGUCUGUUUCUAUUGUCGACGAUGCCAUGUGGCUACGGAAUGAAAAGCGGCCUCGGCCACCGCAGCAUCGGAAUAUUGACCGCCGAGCGACACUCGGGGUGUUUUAUCUCACAUCGAUGCUGUCUAGUCUUCUGGGGAAAGUUUGCCGGCUCGAGUAUGUCAGCUAUUUCGAUGAUUGUUGUCGAGUUCUUCUUGAAGCGAAAGAGUUCGACACCGACCGGCUGCUCGUACAUCUCAUUCGAUUACGGAAGAUAUCGCUUAAAGUCAGUGAUGUGUUCUGGGGCCGGAAUGAUAGCAUCCACAACACACAGUCUUGGAGCAUGCAUUCCAUGGCGACUGCUACGGUUCAGAAAGAGCUUGAAUCAUUCAUGGAAACUCUCCCGAGGCCGCUCCAGUCGAGUCGUAUGGCUCCCCUAAUAAAAAUUCAAUAUAAGGCCUUUGUUAACGGUAAUGGAAUUAUAGAUAUCCUUCGCGUCGAUUGUGCUGCGAUCCGAAUUCGCCUUCUGGAACCUGCCAUACACAGUCCGGGCAACACUCGAGAUCCCACCCUGCUACGAUCCAGACUGAUGUGGGAUUGUCUCUCUGCUACACAGGAAGUAUUCGACUCGUUUGUAGAAACCCCCGUCGAGGAAUACUCGGCAUUCACUUUCGUAAGCAUGCUCAAUCUUGCCUUGGCCAUUGUAAAAUGCAUCAAGCUCCUUUCCGCCGUGGAUGAUCCCGACUGGGAUGUUGAGACGGCACGGCGAAGCUGCGAUCUCUACAAAAUCUUCCUCCAGCUCAGUGACCGUUGGGAAGCUUCACGGCUUACAGGAAAGCCAAGGUGCUCACUAGUAAAAGAUGGAAAACCUCUGGCGACAAAAUACUCGGAUCGGUUCAAGUGGCUUGCGGGAUGGUAUCUUUCAAAGGCUACAGCCAACCCAAGCAGCGACCCAUCCGCCAGUAUCCCCUCGGGUCCUUUUCUCGGGGACGGAGGGCUGAUGAAUCACAACGGUGAUCCGGGAAGUGAUUUCUGGGAAGAGCUUGGUAAUUGGACCUACGGGAUUGAUAUAGCAGUUAAUGACCUCAUCCGGUACUGA